AUGAUGCGUAAAAGUACAAUUAAUCGUACGUUAAAGUUAACGCUUACUCUGUGCGGUAUAUGGCCAGGCACAACGUGUGUUAUAAUCUGCAGAGCGUAUUGGAUUAUCGCAUUAGUAAUAGAUGAUAUUUGUCACUGCCGUUAUCUUUUAAUGCAUUUGCAUUCUAAAGAUAUUUUCGACCUGAUGGACUGUUUCAGUAGUUUCUUAACACAAAUAAAAUUGACAACUAAGUUGAUUAUAUUCUGGCUGAAUGAACGAAAAUUGUUUGAGAUCUUGACAAUGAUGGCAGAAGACUGGAAUGAUUGCACUGGCAAUAAUAUCAAUAUACGCGAAACGGCGUGUAAAGCUAAAUUAUCGGAUCGUAUCGCUAAUACGAUAUUCAUUCUUCAUACGUUAAGUGUUCUUGCGUAUAGUAUUGGCAUUCUCUUGGCUGAUGUCGACGUCACCGAGCAUUCCGAACUACCUCUCCUCUUCAAGGUGGAGCUUCCUGUCAACAUAAACACAAAACGCGCAUAUAAAAUGCUCUUGACCAUGCAAUUCGUACAUAUCAUCAUGUGUGCCUGAGGAAUGGGUAUAAUGAAUGCCUUGCUCUUAAGUUUGACUUUACAUGUGGGUGGUCAGAUGGAUAUUCUACGUUGCUGGUUAAAUGAACUUGUGAUACGAGGAAAUGAAGGAUGCGAGUCUGUCGCGGUCACGACGACCAAAAUUAUUCGUAAGCAUCAAAGAAUCAUUAAUUUUUCGGAAUACAUUGAGGAUUUAUAUACAUACAUCGCGUUAGUGCAAUUUACAAUGAACAGUGUCCUGAUUUGCUCUUUGGGAUUUCUCAUUGUAACGGCUAUUGGCAGUCCCGAUGCAACGGAGCACAUAGUGCGAUCUCUUUUGUUUUACACCGUGACGAAUCUCGAAGCAUUUAUAUUUUGUUACGCAGGAGAAUAUAUGAAAAACAAGAGUAAAGCUGUCGGAAAUGCGGCGUACAAUUCCGCCUGGUACGAAAUGAAACCUAAAAAUAGCCGUACUUUAAUAUUCGUGAUAUUAAGAGCGCAAAAGCAAUUGACACUUACAGUUGGAAAAAUAAUGGAUCUCUCCUUAGAAUCUUUUACUAGUGUAAGUCUUAUACGUAGCACACAAAAUAGAAUUAUGACGCGUAAAAGCACAAUUAAUCGUACGUUAAAAUUAAUGCUUACUCUGUGCGGUGUAUGGCCAGGCACAACGUGUGUUAUAAUCUGCAGGGCGUAUUGGAUUAUCGCAUUAACAAUAGAUGAAAUUUGUCACUGCCGUUAUCUUUUAAUUCAUUUGCAUUCUAAAGACAUUUUCGACCUGAUGGACUGUUUCAGUAGUUUCCUAACGCAAGUAAAAUUUUCAAUUAAACUGAUUAUAUUCUGGCUGAAUGAACGAAAAUUCUUUGAAAUCUUGACGAUAAUGGCAGAGGACUGGAACGAUUGCGCUAGCAGUAAUAUCAAUAUGCGCGAAACAGCUUGCAAAGCUAAAUUAGCAGAUCGUAUCACUAAUGCAAUGUUCACUCUUCAUACGUUAACUAUUGUUGCGUAUAGUAUUGGCGUUCUCUUGGCUGACGUCGACGUCACCGAGCAAUCCGAACUACCUCUUCUCUUAAAGGUAGAGCUUCCUGUCAACAUAAACACAAAACGCAUGUAUAAAAUGCUUCUGACUAUGCAAUUUGUGCAUCUCAUCAUGUCCGGCUGCGGAACAGGUCUAUUGAAUGCUUUGCUCUUAACUUUGGCAAUUGGCAGUCCCGAUGCAACGGAGCACAUAGUGCGAUCUCUUUUGUUUUACACCGUGACGAAUCUCGAAGCAUUUAUAUUUUGUUACGCAGGAGAAUAUAUAAAAAACAAGAGUAAAGCUAUCGGAAAUGCGGCGUACAAUUCCGCCUGGUAUGAAAUGAAGCCUAAAAACAGCCGUAAUUUAAUAUUCGUGAUAUUAAGAGCUCAAAAGCAAUUGACACUUACGGUUGGAAAAAUAAUGGAUCUCUCCUUAGAAUCAUUUACAAGUGUAAGACUCAUACGUAGCACACAAAAUAAUUUUGGACAAUAA